CCUCUCAUUGCAUCAGCCGCCGGAAGGUGGCGCUAUAUUUCGUAAUUCGCAACUAGGCCUAGCUGUUCGUGAAAUUUGUUUAAAAAAAAUAUUGCAAUAUAUAGAAUUUGAGACCUGAAACGUGCUUAUAAUAGAAAAACGAAGUAAAAUAUUUAAACAAGGAGCAUGCUUGCUACCUUUGUUGUCCGUGUUCCUAGCUGUGUUUCAAGUACAGCUCGCCAGUCCUUGCUCUCCAAGGUAGCGCAGACACAAAAUCAUGUUGUCUGCAGGAACUUUGCCUCUCAAGCCAGAACAUCAUUGAGAAAGCGGAUUAGCAAAAGCAAAACCUUGAAGGAAGUUGCAGGCCAACCAGCAGAUGGAACAGCCAUCACCCUUGGCCAAGGGCUUGUCGCUGGGGCAGGAAUCGCAGGUAUCGGUGCAUUAUGCUACUACGGCCUAGGCAUGUCCAGCGAAGCAGGUGCUAUUGAUCGAGCAGCGUUUUGGCCACAGUAUGUCCGUGAUAGAAUUAAGACCACAUAUGCAUACUUUGGCACCGGUAUAGCAAGCACUGCAGCAAGUGCUUACGCCAUCUCACGGAACCCCAACCUAAUGGCCAAGCUAAUGCCAAAGUCUAUGUGGGGAGCUCUUGGGAUGAUGGCAGUGCUGAUGGGAUCUGGAAUGGUAUGCAUGUCGAUUCCUUACCACGAAGGCUUUGGUAUGAAGCAGCUAGCUUGGUUAGGGCACAGUGCAUUAGUUGGUGGAAUUCUAGCCCCCAUGAGCUUGCUGGGUGGACCUUUGCUGGUUCGUGCUGCGUGGUAUACUGCUGGUAUGGUUGGAGGUUUGUCAUGUGUCGCUGCAUGUGCCCCCAGUGAUAAAUUCUUGUACAUGGGAGGACCAUUAGCAAUGGGACUUGGUAUUGUAAUAGUUUCAAGUUUGGGGAGUAUGUGGUUUGCUCCGGGAACAGCCCUUGGUUCUGGUCUGUAUGCCAUCAGCGUCUACGGAGGACUGGUUCUGUUUGGAGGCUUCAUGCUCUAUGAUACGCAGAAGAUAAUGAAGAGAGCGGAACUGUACCCAAUGUAUAGCGACAGACCUUAUGAUCCAAUUAACUCGGCCAUCAGUAUCUACACAGACACCAUCAACAUAUUUAUUCGCAUGGUUAUGAUCCUAUCAUCUGGAGGAGGGGGCAAGAGGAAGUAGGCACUGGACGUGCUAGAGUCAGAAUUCUACUGUAAAUAAAACUUGAUAAAAUGUUCCUCAACUGCACAAAGAAGUAAUAAUAGUAAAUAUAUAACUGAUAUACAAUUGAAUUGAUUUCAAAAGAUAAUAGAUACUGGUAUUACAGAUGCAGUGAUCCACAGCUUUAACAUUAUUUUAAAAGAAAAAGAAAAGGAAAUUCUAGUAAAUUUUCUUUGGUACAUUGAAAAAUCCAAGCACUUGAUUCAAAAUUAAGUAUGUUAAAUGAGAAUGUAUAAUUUUAUGUUGUGUGAUUUAAGCUUUUUCUUUCCACCAAGGGGGUGAUAAAAGCACUUGGGUGACCAGAAAUUAAGCUUUGUUUCUAUGGUCUCCACCAAUAUGUUUUCUUUCUAUAAUUAUAAGAAUAUUUUUCUUUGGUGAAAAUAAAGUGAACAAGUGAACUGCUACAAGUGCACUAUUAUGGAAUAUUUACUGCAGGGAGUUGAAUUAGUUUGUGUUCCAUAGGUGUUUAAUUGAAUGGCAGAUGGUGUUUAACAUCGUGGGUGUUUACAUUGUGUGUGUCAUGUAAGUUAUUUUAAAUACCAAUCUUUUCAAGUUUUAUGAUGUUGAGGUUUCUUAAUUACAGCACUGUAGAAUGUGAAGGGGGUAAACUUAAAGCAGAAUAAUUUAUAACUAAAUUUAGUAAUUAUCAAACUAGCAGCAAUACUACAAUAUAUUUUUUUUUUUACAGUUUACACAAUUAUUUGCUUACUGUGGAUCUACCCCAGUUAGCAGAUUGGUUCUUUUCUAACAUAAUAAAGAAAAAUUAAUAACAUACAAUACUAUAGUGUAGUUCAUCAUAUUCGGGACAAAAUGAAUAAAACUCUUGAGUACAAUAUAAUGAA